CCUUGUGACAUAAUCUCUUUUACUACAAUAGUUUUAUCAGAUAACCUUAUUGUUAAUGGUACCAGGUGCCGUGUCAACAUUGAAUACUCUGAUGAAAGAUUUUGUUACCGCUUCUCCUGGUCCGUCGACACAACAUUCCGCGUGUAAAAUAAUCGCAUCUCCAUGACAACAUAAAUAAACAAUAUGGAGGACGAAACUGUUGGAGCAACUGACAAUAUAGUUACGGAAUUUUCUACGUAUGAAGACUUUCUCGAUAGUCAAAUCACUCCACUGGAUCUUUAUUAUCUCGAAGAUGAAGAACUUGCUAGACAACUUGUCGAGCUCGGAUAUAGAGGCUCGGGAGAAGUCUUGAAGAGGGAAGAGUUCGAGGCUCGAAAACAGGCUGCCGAGGCUAGUCGUUUAUCAAAACGAAGUCAACAGAAGACGCUCGCUAGCUUUGGAAAGGAACUAACAGAUCCUUUUCUCAAAGCUCUGGCUCAGCGCGAGGAGGCAAAUCGUAGUGGUAAAAUGACUUCAAUUAUAUUCAUAAGAGAUAAAAAUUCGCGUGGACAAGAAAUUUCUGGCUAUAUUGAUUAUGCACAUAGGCUCAAAAUUGAAGAUUUCGAACCGUAUUUCAGUGGCAGGAAACGGCUUCUUCCAAGACCAUCUGAUCUUAGCUUUUAUAAUUGGGAAACACAAAUGGCAACAUCAUCUCCCACGCCUAAUUAUCAAGUUAUCGCAGAAAAUACAACUGGACUAUUGUUUAAGAAUAAACGCGAUCGUAAAGUCUUAAAUGUUGAUCCUAAAGCUCCAUCACCGGGCGAUAAUUCUGCACGAGUUACUGUAGAAUCACCAAAAUAUGUACAAUUAGUUAUAUAUGAUCAUAUUACUCGUCGAAAAACCUGACUUGUAUGUACACAAUUUGCAAUUAUUUAAGUGGUUGUAUUCAGUAUUGUAAUAAACUACUUAAAUUAUUUUUUAACUCUUGUUCAAGAAGCAGUUCGAAAUAAAUAAUCUUUGUGUAAAAA